AUGGACGAUUUGGAGAAACGAAGGCGUGAAGUACAGAGAGAAUCUGAGGAGAAGGUGGUGAGCAAGCCUUGCAAAAUCUCCGACUGGUUAAACAAGGCAAAUAAAUUCAUAGCUGAAACUAACGAGUUGAAAUUUGAGGACACAAUAAGUGGGAAUUUGUGUGGUUUCCCAAACUAUUAUCGCUCACAGUAUACAGCUGGGAAAAAUAUUGUUGACAGUAUUAAAACGGUGAAUUUGCUGAACGAGGAGGGCUCAAAGUUGUUUAAUGCGGAAGAAUACUUUGUGGUGGGAUAUAUACAGGAGAACACAAAAGAACUGGUGGGCAAGACAGCAAGUGCUUUUGAGAAGAUUAUGAAAUUCGUUUCGGAAAUGGAGGUUGGAACCAUUUGUGUUUAUGGGAUGUCUGGUUCGGGCAAGACUGAAGUUGUAAAGCAAGUCAAUAACCAAAUAUUAAAAGAGUACAAAAGUUGGGCCUCCUCGGAAGAUAGCAAUGACAGAGAUGGAAAUAUUGCAGGCCAUUUUGACAAAGUUAUUUUGGUGACUGUAGAGAAUAUUGGAUCAACUGAGGCAGCCAUUGAUGCCCUGCGGAAUGAAAUCCAAAAAAAAUACCAGCUUGACCACAAUGCCGGGAACAGAGCAAACAAUUUGGACAGUGCGUUGAGGAAGAGAAGAUUUCUGAUCGUUUUGGAUGACAUGCGGAAAGAGUUGUCUCUCGAGCAUAUUGGGAUUCCAUGGCUAACCAACAAUGGCUCCAAGGUUAUAAUCGUUUCGAAAUCACGUCCAGUGUGCAGGGACAUCACAUUUGAUAGAGAGGUCGAAAUCGAACUUGUAUCAGACGAAGAAGCACUCAAGUUGUUCGAGGUUGAAGCUGGCAUUGGAUUAUCUGCACUAAGGGAAGAUACUCGAGCCACCGCGGAAAACAUGGUACGUGAGUGUGAUGGUCUGCCCGUGGCGAUUGCUGUUCUGGCUCAAACCUUGAAAGAAAUAAUGAAAUGGGAUCCUAGCGAUGUCGAUGUCGAUGUCGAUGUCGAUGCAGAAUGGAAUGGAGCAUUUUAUAAGUUGAGAAAUUCUAGUGGUCUCUUGGUAAAAAAUAAUAGGAAGGCAUUUGCCCGCCUGUUAUAUAGCUACUCUAUGUUGAAGAAAGAAGCUCGGCAGUGCUUCCUGUACUGUGCAUUGUACCCACCUGGUCAUUGCAUUGAAAAGAAAGAGUUAGUGGAGCACUGGUUUUGGGAAGGUUUAUUGAGUAGCAGAGAAAGAAUUAAGGGGCAGCUGAUAGAAGAUACGACAUAUGCAAGAGAGAUACUGGAUGAGAUCAAAGGAGCUUACCUUCUGGAAGCAGUUAGUGAAGGUGGAAAAGAAUGCAUCAAGAUGCGCAACUUAGUUAGGCAUAUGGCAAUCCAUCUGACCAAAACAACCCCCGAUUAUGAUCAGUUUCUCAUCGAAGCCGGGUUGAAGCUUACCGACUGCCCGCUGAUAGGGAGGAACUUGUCUAAAGUAGAGAGAGCCUCAUUGAUGAAAAGUCAGCUUAAAGCACUUACAAAAAAACCCGAGUUUUACAAGCUAUCCACGUUACUUCUGCAGCACAACCCCAUCUCUCACUUUGAUGACGAUUUCUUCCGUAAUAUGCCUAACCUCAAAGUUCUUAACCUUUCUCAUACCAAUAUCUCUACCCUUCCAAAGUCAGCCUCUUCUCACUUGACAAAACUAAGGGCACUCCUCUUGCGCGGUUGUUGCAACUUAACAUCUCUGCCUUCUUUAGCAAACUCUGGGGAACUACUUGUUCUGGACCUUUCUGAUACUCCCAUAACAGAAUUACCUCACGGCAUGAAGAAACUAAACAAGCUUAUUCGCCUCGACCUGUCUCGUACAAAUGUGGGAGAAUUUCAAGCUGAAAUAGUUCAUGAGUUAAAAAAUCUGGAAGAACUCUACUUGAUGAUAACCAAUGACUCUGCAGGUUCUCCGUGGGGAUCAGAUAAAGGAGCAAGUAGAAUGUGGGGAUCAGAGAAAGCAGCUAGUAUUCAGGAGCUGGGAUCCCUUCAGCACUUAGCUAUUCUUCAUGUCAACUUCCUAGAUGCAAAAUCCUUCAAUACAUAUGUUGGUUCGAAGAAUCAUUCUCUAUCCAAAUUCAAAUUCUCUGUGGGUGGUUCUUGGGAUGAAAAGAAGUUGCCUGAAAACAGCAUAGUUUUCAUCAAAAGUGACUUCCUUGUGAACAAAAAACCAAUCUUACUCCCAGAAGACACAGCUGAGCUGCAUGUAAUGAGCAACAAGGAUCUACACUGGUUGCCUUUCAGCCGUCGACGUUGUCUAGACAGCCUGAAGGUCAUAGAUAUAUCUGGCUGCGAAAUUUUGGUCUAUUUGUUUUCGUUCAAGAGGAACGUAUCAUACAACCUUCCAAACCUCGAAAAAAUUUCCGUUAGAAAUUGUCAGAAGAUGGAGGGCUUAAUAUCAAAAGAAGACCCUUUGCCAUUUGCACUUUGUUUGAAUAAACUAAAGGUCAUCCAUAUCUCAGACUGCAAAAAUUUGGGCUACUUAUUCAGGAUUAAGAUGGAUUCUUGUCAGUCUACCUCUAACCAAAAAAAGAUGUACUCGACCUGCUUCCCAAACCUCCAAGAGAUAUGCAUUACACGACGCCGGAGGAUGAAAGUGGAUAAAGAGUCGAAAGAACCCAACGCUUGUCCUACUAUUCAUCCAAGACCAACGGACCUUGUGUCGGUUGAUCCACUUGAAUUGAAGAAAUAUUAUGAUUUUGAAAAGAAGGAUAAUCCUCGGGAACACAUUUGGUACUUUCCUGAUCUAAAGAUGCAGAUCAUAACUUCUCUGCCAAGUAGUAGCAAUCGGAUUAAAAGGAGUCGGAGCAGUGACUCCAUAGAGAAGCUAGCAGCCAGUGCAGACGAUAAUAAAGAGCUUUUGGAACCGACUGCUGACAAUAGUAAUAAUAGCAUUCUACAGAACGUCGGGAACACGGUCCACAACGUAAUAAUUAAGGUUCUAUUGGGGCACAUAGUUACUGCAACCAUCAGGUCCAGACCGGCCGGACGUCAAAAUGCUGGAGAGACAAUUCCUCAGGUCCAGGAUGAAGAGGAAAAUGCUAUUGAGCCCAACAUUGGCAUCCCAGAGCACGACUAA